UGAACAUGAAGUGUGGCCGACUACCCCUUGCAAUAGUCACCGUAGGUGGCUUUUUAGCAAACCAACCAAAGACUUCUCUGGAAUGGAGGAAAUUUUAUGAUCAUAUCAGUGCCGAGAUGGAGAUGAAUCCUGAGCUUACAACCAUAAGAAGUGUUCUUAUGAAAAGCUAUGAUGGUCUACCCUUCCACCUCAAGUCAUGUUUCUUGUACACAUCCAUAUUUUCUGAAGACCGUAAGCUUGAGCGGAGACGCUUGGUGCUUCGGUGGACUGCAGAGGGGUACUCAAGGGAGGUGCGUGAUAAGUCAGCGGAGGAAAUAUCAGAUAGCUACUUCCUGGAACUCAUAAGCAGGAGCAUGAUACUGCCAUCUCAAAAAUCAUUCCAUAGUAUAAAAGGAAUUGAUUCCUGCCAAGUCCAUGAUCUCAUUCGUGAGAUCAGCAUCUCAAAGUCUACGGAAGAAAACCUUGUUUUGAGACUAGAGAAAGGUUGUAAGCUGAAUAGGCAGCAGGGUAAUGCACGCCAUCUUGCUAUAAACGGCAAUUGGGAAGGAGAGCAAAGUGAUUUUGAGAGGAUGGUGGACAUGCCCCGUGUACGGUCAGUAACUGUUUUUGGGAAGUGGAGGCCAUUCUUCAUGUCGGUGAAGAUGAGGAUGCUACGAGUUCUGGACUUGGAAGACACGACAGGUCUUGUCGAUCAUCAUUUGAAGCAUAUCGGGAAGCUUCUUCACCUAAUAUACUUAUCUCUGAGAGGAUGUGAAGAUAUUUAUCACCUGCCAGAUUCAAUUGGUAACCUGAUGCAACUGCAAACACUUGAUAUCAGAGGUACCUCCAUAGUGAUACUGCCGAGAAGCAUCGUCAAGCUUCGGAAGCUGCAAUAUCUUCGUUGCAGUAAUAAUAACAAGCUUAAAUGGCGUGUUGGACCGAUAGACUACUAUGAUUCACAUCCUUAUUUGAAGACAUGCAUGGUUUUUUGUACUGGAUGUUGCAUACCUCGGGAAGUAAUACAAACUGAUGGCUUCAACCAGCGUGAUGUAUGCACCUUCACAUGCUGCGCGGCAAUCCCUUUUCUGAUGAAGGGGUAUGGCAAUGGUGUUGGCGUGAGGGUGCCAAGAGGGAUGAGGAGAAUGAAGGCCCUGCAUACAUUACAGGGUGUGGACCUGGUCGCGUCCGGAGGCAUUGCUUUUCUGCGGAACAUCAAAGGAGGACUCAUGGGGCUGCGUAAGCUAGGAGUGGUCCGCCUACAAGCGAGGAAUGCUUCAGAGUUUUGUGCUGUCGUUUCCAGUCUCAACCUCCUAGAGUCAUUGUCAGUGACUCCAGAGGGUGGACACGAUUUGCGUCUGGACGGCAUUUCCUCGCCUCCAAGUAACCUCCGGAACCUCAAGCUGAACAUGGCAACUUUCCCCAUUCAAAGCAUGGCCAAAUUGCCGGAAUGGGUCAAGAAGCUUGAGAACCUUGUAAAGUUGAGAAUCGAAUUCGUAACAUCCAGCCAAGAGGAGCAGGAUGGUGCUAUAGGAGCCCUGGGGAAUCUGCCGAACCUAGCCGUCUUGCGUCUCAAUGUGGUUAGUUUCCAUGGUGAAGAAGUACAUUUCGUGGCGGAGGCAUUCCGGAGCCUCGUCGUGCUGGAGCUUUCACGCAUAAGGAACAUAAGGUUGGUUGAGUUUGAGCAGGGAGCAAUGCCCAAACUCCAGCAGCUUCUCCUCCAGUGUCCGGAUACCGAGACUAGGUUUCUUGGAGUGGACUCUCUCGGAAGCAUCAAGGAAGUAGGGAUCACCGAGCAUCUUAUCACCGAGGAGUUGCGAGCCCAGGUCGCUUUGAAUAGAAACAAGCCCAUCCUGAAUACACUCCCAGGUCGCUUUGAAUAGAAACAAGCCAAUCCUGAAUAAAUUAUAAGCUCUCUCUCUUCAUGGCAGGGCAGGCAUCUGUUGUAAACGUAUUUGUAUUAUUAUUUUUUCUGUAUCUUAAUUUGGUCGAUACAGUAUGUGUACAUGUAUAUUGUCAUGGGUAGG